AUGGCAGACGAGUCCUUCCAGGCGUCGCCUUCCCAGGGCUCGGAGCCACCCGAGUCCCUGGCAUUGGCACGGAGCCCAUCGGGUCCGUUCGUCUUUGCCCACGACUUCACGCGAGAAGUUUCCGGUUCGCUCGAGGACCGACCACCCGAGCUUUCUCCUGUAGUGGAUGCGCUUUUACUUCACGGCUGCACGUUCCUUCGGAAGCGCUUUCCGGGCGACCUGCAAGCCAUCCCGGCAAAGUUUCAGCUAAGCUCUCAGCAAGGGUCUGACUCGUGGUUGCUGAAGGGCUGCUGGAAGAGUUGGCAUCCCCAGGAGAACAGCGAAGAGUCUGGGUCCGUGGAUCUGAAUUCCAUGAACAAGGGCAGUUUCACAGUAGCUGUCUCUGGUGCUUUCUCCGAGGCGGAGUGUGAGGAGCUGCUCCACUUGGCCGGGCCUGGGGAGGAGGCGUUGGUUUCUGGAAAUCAAGGUCCCGGAUAUUUCAAAGAGGAGGUGCGUGUGGCGAAGAUGUAUACGGUGAAUCCAGAUGAUGCUCGGUUUCAAUGGGUGUUCAAGCGUCUUUGGCAGAUUGCGACCGAAACGAACCGGUUGCACUGGAAGCUGGGACGCUUGAAGUUCAUGGAGCCACUGAAUCUGGUGAGCUAUACUGCCGCAGAAGAUGGUGAUGUCCAUGGCCACUAUGAUUGGCAUGCAGACUUGAUGCCUGGCGCGGAAUCGGAGGGGAGACUGCUGUCUCUCUCUGUCCAGCUCUCCAGGGGGAGUGACUAUCAGGGAGGUGCACUGGUCGUCGGCACCGAGGAGUCCUCGCGUGGCCUGGGCGACGCAGUGACAUUUCCCUCUUAUAUGGCUCACUGUGUUCUCCCAGUCUCCAAGGGAGUCAGGCACGCUUUGGUUGCCUGGGUGCGCGGCCGGGUGAACAGCGACCUGGCAGAUGCUGCACAAGCUGCGCACCGACGCGCCAUCGCCGAUGGCUCCAAGUCACUGAAGGUCGAGCGACCUGCGAAGCGCGCCCAACUGGCUCAGGCAGCUCUGGGCUUGCAGCGCAUCUACGGCAACCACCUGCUACACAUCGGCCGGCACCGGGAGGCGGCGGAUAUGCUGCGUGCCGUGGCGCAGCAGGAUCCUUACAGCCCCGGUGCUUUGAACAACCUGGCAGUGGCAGAAUACCAGCAAGGAAAAUUGCAUGCGGCAAUUGAUGCCCUUCUCUAUGCUGUGAGUCUACGUCCGAACGAUGGCGAAGUGAGAGCAAAUCUGGGACGGUUCUUUUUCAUGGACGGCCGCCUUCCGUUGGGGACGUAUCACUUAGCCAUGGCUGUGACUCUUUGGCAUCGUUCUGCAAUAAUGCUGUCCCUCUUCUGUAUGACGGCGUACUGUAGCGUGUGCAGUGCAUUUUGGUGCUGCUGCCUGACUGCUCUCGGCUGGCCGAAGCCGCGAUCCUGCGACGACCAGGAAGAGGCAUCCACAGACCCGGACGCAUCGGAGGAUCAUGAGCUUGCAACUGCAAAUGUGCAGGAAAGAACGGUCUCUGGCAGUAUUGAAAUGAUGUGUGUCAGUGCUGGCUCGGGUAUUCGCGGUCCAGAGACUUCAUUCGUUUUUUUCGAGAAGGGUGAGGCUUACAGCAGGUACGCUUAUUCCCAAGGCCCCAGGCGCCAGGCACUGCUAUUCGAGGCUGUGAAAGCCAUAGACAUCGGCAACAUGAAGAAUCCCACCAGGUUCCAGCGGGAGAUCAACAUCGCAAAGAAGUUGGACCAUCCCAACGUAGUCAGGCUCUACGAGACGUUCAAAGACGCUCGGAAGAUAUACUUGGUCAUGGAGCUCUGCACGGGUGGAGAACUCUUCGACCGCAUCGUGGACGAGGCGCCAAGCGGGUUUGAUGAGGCACACGCUGCAAAGUACAUACGGCAGAUUCUGUCUGCGAUUUGCUACCUUCAUGCCCACAGGCAGGCUGUGGAGUCUCGCAUUGCUCCAGCCACGCUCCGGCUGCUGCGGGAGUUCUUGCCCCUGGGACCCGUGGCCGAGCAGGUGGAGGAGGCUGCCGAAAUGACGGACCUGUUUGAUGGGUCUGUCUUGCAGAAGUGCGUCAAGGACAACUCGCAGGUGCUCAUCAACUGCCGCAACAAUCGGAAGAUCUUGGCCCGAGUCAAGGCGUUCGAUCGGCAUUCGAACAUGGUCCUGGAGAACGUGAGGGAGAUGUGGACCGAGACGCCGCAUGGGGGCAAGAAGAAGGCGAAACCGGUCAACAAGGAUCGCUUCAUUAGUAAGAUGUUCCUGCGUGGCGAUUCGGUCAUUCUUGUGCUUCGGAAUCCGAAGUGA